AUGCUGUUUCCGCCAUUACCUACCGUUUCCUCCUCCAUGGAGGCAAAGGACGUCGACUCGGUGAAUUCUCUCGGAAGGACUCAGCCAGAUGGUGCAUCUCGAACCUCGCAGGUCGAGGUAGCGGGUGACUGCCAUGCGCACCUGCCAUUCGAAAUUCCCAGUGCUGUAGUGUUAUCUGACCCCUCUCUUUUUGUCCUUCGAGACACUGCGAACGAUGUCUAUCGUCGAAUCAACUCCGACCCCUCUUACUCGAACCAGUUUAUCAUCGUGUCAAAUGUAUCCCAACCUCUGCAGGAGCUAUUAGCUGGAGAUCGAAACCCCCUUGAGGUUACCUGCAGGUUGACGCUCGACAAACAGCACCAGAAAGUCGUUAUUCGAAUAAUGCCCUCAAAUGCUCACGAGCGCGUAACGCGGUCAUUUUCAAAUAAACUUGUCGUGAAAUUAUUCGAAAUGGGAAUUGAUCCAGACGAUUACACUAUGAACACGGCCACCCGGUACAGCGGAAGAACAUGCGACAAAGAAGCUGAUGAGUCUCUCACUCCGUCAAGGAAUCCUCCCGAAGGUAACGACUGGCCUUCACUCGUUAUUGAAACUGGUCUUUCUGAAUCAGAAGCACAACUACGAACUGAUGCACACUGGUGGUUCUCAAAUUCUGGAUACCAAGUCAAUACGGUCAUACUCUUUCAUAUCCGGAGAUCCCCCGAGCGCAGAGUCAUCUUGAAAGUCUACAAGCUCAGACCUAUCACCCCCAGAAUCACUCGUGGACUACAGGCAGAGGUCGAUCGCUCUCUGCUAUCUAAUCGUACGACUCCUCAAACAGAGUCCCCAACAGUGCUGCGACCUCAUUUAUCAGACGAAGAGAUUAUCGUUACCUCGAUAAGUGUUGAGAAUGCUCCACUGGUGCUAGAGUUCGAAUCCGUCAUGCGCCGCCCGCCCACCCCUAGCACGAUGGAAAGAGAUAUACUGUUCACAGCUGAGGAUCUUGCUGCGUGCUGCCGCCACGCCCUUCAAAUAGCUUGA